AUGUCGUCCGCCGGCGGCCGCCAACCCAGCCAGAGCCGAGCCAUCCCCACCCGCACCGUGACCCUCAGCGACGCGGCGCAGCUACCCCCGGAUUACUGCACCACCCCCGGCGGCACCCUAUUCUCCACCACACCGGGAGGCACCCGGAUCAUCUACGACCGCAAGUUCCUGCUGGACCGUCGGAACUCGCCCAUGGCUCAGACCCCGCCCUGUCACCUCCCCGAUAUUCCCGGCGUCACCAGCCCCGGCUCCGCCGGCGAGGAGCCCAAAGCAGACACCAAUAGCUUUAACCACCAGGAGGGGAAGCCAUCCAUGGGGGAUGAUGCUCAGUUCGAGAUGGACAUCUGA